CAACAAAACUGAAAAUUACACAAGCAUUUCCAUUUCCAUUUCCACAAUGUGAGCAAAGAAAUAGUCAAAAUCAUAUAGUAAUUUUUUUGCCUGAAUUAAAACUAGAUAAGCACAACAAACACUGAAAAAAAAAAGCCAUGAACAGAAAUUUGACAGUAGGUGCAGCAGCAGCAGCUACGCUAGUGGCAAUCCUCUCGAUAAUCAUAACGAAUCCCAACAACAUAUUUGCACCACCUCCUAUACCUUCAUCUAAUGACAAUCUCCACUCUGCUAAAAUCGUUCCGGUGACCGGAGCUGUAGGACCGGAGAGCAUUGUUUUUGAUGCAAAUGGAGAAGGACCCUACACUGGUGUUGCUGAUGGUAGAAUCCUCAAGUGGCAAGCAGAUCCCCUCGGCUGGGUUGAAUUCGCUGUCACUUCUUCUAAUAGGAAGGAGUGCAUUCGACCAUUUGCACCAGAACUGGAGCAUGUUUGUGGAAGGCCAUUGGGACUGCGGUUCGAUAAGAAAACUGGAAAUCUCUACAUUGCUGAUGCCUAUUUAGGUCUUCAAGUAGUAGGUCCAGAUGGAGGCUUAGCAACUUCUGUAGUCUCUCAAGUUGAGGGUCAUCCCUUUCGCUUCACCAAUGAUUUGGAUAUUGAUGAGCAGGAGGAUGUGAUCUACUUCACAGAUACCAGCAAAGUCUUUCAAAGAAGGCAAUUUAUGGCAGCAGUUUUGGAAUAUGACAAGACCGGUAGGUUGCUAAAGUAUGAUAAGUCAAACAAGAACGUAACAGUCUUACUAGAAGGCCUGGCUUUUGCAAAUGGUGUAGCUUUGAGCAAGGACCGCUCCUUUGUAUUAGUAGCCGAAACCACUAGUUGUCAGCUAACAAGAUAUUGGCUUCAUGGCCCUAAUGCUGGAAAGGUAGAUGUUUUUGCAAAGCUUCCGGGGUUCCCUGAUAACAUCAGAAGAAAUUCAAAAGGGGAGUUUUGGGUAGCUUUGCAUUCCAAAAAAGGACUUUUAGCUAAGCUGGUUUUGUCGAACCCAUUGAUCGGAAAGACACUAUUGAAGUUUCCGUUUAGCUUUGUGCAACUGCAUUCAAUGUUAGUCGGAGGAAAGCCACAUGCAGCUGCUAUAAAGCUGAGUGAGGAUGGAAAAGUUGUCGAGAUUUUAGAAGAUUCCGAUGGCAAGACAUUGAGGUUUAUUAGUGAAGUGGAAGAGAAGGAUGGAAAGCUUUGGAUUGGGUCAGUUUUAAUGCCGUUCCUUGGUAUUCAUUAUUCGCACUAAAUCUUGCAAAUAAGUUUGAAGUCUAGUUUCUGUAGUGGACCAAUUCGUUAAAAUGCCGCCAAGCCACCAUGACUUUAUUGCAGCUCGUGCUGUUCAUAACUAAGAAUUGUUUUUUCUUUUCGUGCUUGCUACAUCAAAAACUAAAUCACAAGUUUUUGAUAAAAAAAGUAGCCAUGCUAGUAAGCUUUGUAUUAUGAAUACUCUUACACUUUACAGGUGCUAUUUUUGGAUAUAUUUUCUAGUUCCAUGAGCAGGUUGAUGUACUCAA